CAAAAUGGCGGCUGUUUGGCUUCGCCUUGGUAACCUUGCCCCUGGCGGGCGGGACGGGCGCACCCCGUGGAGUGGGAGGGAGGAGAGCGCAGCGCGGGGGACGCCAUUUUCCCGGAGAGAGGCAGUGACGUAGAGGGAGCGCAGGAGGCUGAGAGGAGGGAGGCGGGAGCAGCGGCGGCGGCAGGGGGUUUGUACACUGGUCCCGAGGCAAAGGCGCUUCCCUGCAGGGUUCUGGGUACCGAGCCGGUCUGGGGGACCCCUCAGCUCACUCCUCUUUGCCAGAGUCAGCUGAGGGCUGCGUCCUGCCCAGGCUAGGGACAUCCGCAGUGGGGCCGUUGCAUUGGUUUGGUUGGGAUAGGAAAGGGGCUCAGCUAAGGGGGAGCUGCUGCCUGGCCUGUGAUCAUUACAGGUAAGCAGCUAUGCCUGUUCAAGUCAUUGAUGGCUCACCUGAAACUCUACUACCAAGCCAUCUGCAGAAAGUGGAUUUAAAAUACCUGCAAAUGGGUUGUGAUCAGGCCAACAAAUACUUUCAGGGAACAGUUAUUCUCUCCUACCCUUUAACUAAACUUGGAAAUGGAACAGAAUUUUUCAAGAUUGUACUUCAAGAGUCAGAGAAUUCAUGUUCAAAGACCAGCACCAUCAAUGUUUUAUUCUUUGGAAGGUUGGCAGACGAUUGUGGAAAAGUUGUACAUCAAGGGGACACCAUGGUUGUAGCUGGAUUUAACUUGGCUAAGUCCCCUUCUGCAAAUGAAGAUGACCGACACUGCUGUCAUCUGGAAGUAUCUGAAGAUGCAGGAUCAACAAUUUACAUUUAUACUAAGCCAAGUACAGUCACAGCUUCAGAAACAGCAUCCAUGCCUGUUGCACCAAAAUACACAUAUACCCCUCUGAGUCAUCUUAAAGGCGGAACUAUAGUCAACUUGUAUGGUGCUGUGAAAUUCUUCAAGCCCCCGUAUAUAAGCAAAGGAACGGAUUAUUGUUCUGUUGUAACAAUUGUGGACCAAUCAAAUGUGAAAUUAACAUGCACACUUUUUAAUGGAAAUCUAGAUGCUCUUCCAAAAAUCUACAAAAUUGGAGAUAUUGUUCGAUUUCAUAGAAUAAAGAUCAGGGAAUACAAUGAACAGAUGCAGGGGAUUACUGGUAUUGGCUUUGCAUCCUUGACAUUUGAUGGAACCGUAGGAGCACCGAUAGUGCCUCGAACCUCUAGUAAAUCGUACUCUUUCACAGAAGAAGAACAGAAAACAAUAGAAGAACUACGUAUGUGGGCAGCUAGUAAUCUUUCAGUCUGUGGGCCAACAGCAAAAUUGUCUGGUGUCCAGCCAAUGCUGUUUUUUGACCUUACUUGCCAGCUUGUAGGGAAGGCAGAAGUGGAUGGAUCUUCCUUUCUUCUCAAGGUAUGGGAUGGUACAAAAUGUCCUUACCCAUCUUGGAAGGUGCUUGUGGAAGAAAGUGACCUUGAAGGAGAUAAAGUUCUUAUCCAUCAGCUGAGAAAUCUGAUUGUAGACAUUCUAGUUUACGAUAACCAUGUGAAACUGGCAAAAUCACUGAAGGUUGGAAGCUUUCUGAGAAUUUACAGUCUGCAUACAAAACAAGCCAGUGCUGAGAACCAGCCUGAUGUUUCCUAUGUAGAAUUUCAUCUUCAUGGUGGCACCUGUUAUGGUCGAGGAAUUAGGGUCCUGCCAGAAAAUAAUCCAGAUGUCAAAGAACUAAAAGCAUUCAUGGAUUCUGUGAAUCUCACAGAGAGUCAAAACGUAGAGAGCAUGUCUUCACUGGAAUUGGAUGGCAUUUUUGGCAGUCUAUCAUACCAGUCAUAUUCAGAGAGAUGCCAGCAGUUAUCUGUUACAGUAUUAACAGAUCAUCAGCAUUUAGAUGACACAGCACUGAAUACUAUUUUGAACAGCGCAGCUCCUCAACAGUAUCGCAUUAGAGCAAAACUGAGAACUUUUAAACCCCAGAAGCUCUAUCAGUCUGUUAAACUUUAUUGUUCAAAAUGCAACUCACUGCAAGAAGUUCCAGAUGGAGAUGAUUUUGACUUAAUAUUAAGAGACUGUGCAGCUACAGCUCCAAAUCCAGAAGUACAUAAUUCAUUGUGGUAUGAUUCUGCAGUGUGGGAUACAGAAAAUCAGGGGCAAAGAAAAAUAGCUGUUCAUUUUGUAAAACAUGAUGAGCUGCUUCAAGAGCCAGAAGAUACUUUAAUUAUGGUACAAGGAGGGACGCUAAAAGAAAUCAGAAAACUUUCAAGAAGAUUUAAAUGUAUUAUACCUGUGAGAUCCACAAAAGAAGAUCUUGAGUUACUAGACCUUUCAGCUCCCUUCCUUUUGCAAGGGAAAAUAUGGCAUUAUGGGUGCAAACAGUGUUCGAAUCAGAAGACUAUCCAGAGUCUCAGUUCCCUUGCAGAAGAAGAACCAUCAUGGGAGCCCACUGAAAUAGCACGAGUUUUAGGUAUUGAGCCACUCCAGUAUGUCUUUGUUAUGAAGUUUACACUUGAUGAUGGCACAGGAACACUGGAUGCAUACCUCUUUGAUUAUGAAAAAUUUUUCCAGAUUCCUGCCUCCGAAGUCCUUACCAGUAGUCUUCUUCAGGAGAAGAUGGAAAUGAUCAUGAAUAUACUUUGUCCUCCAGGAACAAAACUAGAUGACUUGCCAUGGUUGGAAUGCUUCAUCAGGUCUUAUAAUGUCAAAGAUGGAAUGGAACAGCAAGUUUGCUAUCAAAUUUUUGACACUAUGGUUGCUGAAGAUGUUAUCUAGUGAUAUGUAUUGCAAUUUAAGAGACAUGCAAUUUAUUGACAUUGAUUACAAAAAAGUUUUGAAGCUAUAAACACCAUAAAAGGUUUUGUAUAACAUUUAAUGUAUCAUGUUCUGUGUUGAGAAAAAUUAAUCAGGAAAACAAAUGCCUUUUUCUGCAUCUCACUUGUACAUGAAGGUUUUAGCUCUUCUGUUCCUGAAUUAAAAUUAAUUGGACAUAUGCUAAGAGGUAUUUAUUACUUGCUCUGGGCCCAACCCAGUGAGUCAAGUGGUAGCUGAGGUGCUCAGUACUUCAUGGGAUUGAUCACUGCAUGGUUGAAACUGUUAAAAGUGAUUUAAUAUCCAAACAUUCCAAGCUAUUACGCAAUUGAAAAUUAUCAAUAAUGUUACUAAACUCUGCUAUGACUUACAGCAUCAAAUUUAAAGGAACAUUGUAAAAUGUAAACAUGUUUUGUAAUGUAUGAAGAACAGUCAGCAUGAUUAUGCUUUGUUUAUUUACCUAUUUUAAUACAAAAGAGUGUGAUUUGAGCACAGCUGUGGUAACAGGGCUCUUCCAUUAACUUGUAUUUCCUCACUUUAUUCUGUACAAAUCUAUUUUAGUAUUCUGAAAAACCAUGGGUUUUUUCCUUACUUUAAUUUCUCAUUGAUAUGUAGAUUGUAGCAAGCUUUUCCUGCAGUCCUUAUGUGUACAGGUAGUGUUACUGACCUCAGUGGAGCUAUAUGCAUGAGUUAGAAUUACUCAUCUGGUUAAGAAUCAUAAAGUCAGGCCAUAAAAGCAGGGAUAUUUAAAAUAUUAAAAUGAACACUGAUAUUUAUUAGAUUGUAAGGAUGGUAAAGUCGGACAUAUUUAGGACCGUAUCUGACAUUGCUGCUCCUUUAAAUUGUGUGUGUAUUUGCAGAGGUUCUUGCACAUAGUUUGGCUAAAUUUAGUGUCCGAUUAUACUGUCUCGAUUGCUUUUCUCUUUUAUAUAAUUGGAUUGGAUGGCUAAAUUUUAAGACAGCAUUUUCGGCCAACGGUAGACUAGUUGGCUACCACAGUGAAAAACAUGCGUGCUCUUUUACCUUGCAUUCUGAUAUUUGCCCCAAAUUCAGAAUAAUUUUCUAGAGAAUAAUUUUAAUGUAAAAAUUCUUGUUAGGGGACUAUGCUUCUUGUCAUCAAGGAAAAAAUUACAUAACACUUGCACAGAGGACUUUUUUAAAUGGAGCAUGGAGAUAUUUAAAAUAGUGCUAACAGUUGACUAGUACUUUGAUACUAUAUACAAAUGAUUUUACAGUGUUCUAAGAAAUGAUUAGUAGAAUAAGCUAUUAUAUCCACUUAGUUUCAUACAAAUAUCAAUAGAUUUUGUGUGUUACUUUAAAAAUCACUCUGAGCCAUGGAAACAAUGAGCCAUGAACCUAGAAGUUAUAUGCUUUAUCAAUUAUCAUGUGGGUAGAAGGUACAUUAACAUUGGAAGCCGAUGGUUCGCUUUCAAGGAGAGGAGAAACUGUCAGACUGAUUGAAUGGGACCAUCAGCUUGCCAAGCAAGAAAAAAACUGGCAAUAGUUCUGAAAGCAGCUGCUUACCUACCCCUGGCCUGAUGAGAGAUACUGAUAAGUGAAUUAUUUUUAAGACUUGAACACCUACUUGGGUGUCCAGAUAAUUUCAGUGGAAUUUAACUCCUGAAGCGCUCAUCCAUAAGAAAUAUACAACGGUUUGUUUGCUAGGUAAUGGAUAGUUUAAUCACAAAAACUAUAGAGCCAAACCUCUUUUGGAAUAAGAUUUGUAUAGAAGCCUGUAUUUCUGGUUGUGUUACAUGACAUCACAAACCAUAUUAUGCACUGCCAGUUGUUGUUAGAAAGUAAGUGUUAAAUUGUAAAUGUUCUUUAUGUAAAUAAAAAGUCAUGUUCCUGUAUAUCAUUGCAGGUAUUAAUAAUAUCUAUUUUAAAGUAACCCUUUUGAAAAGUAAUAGAUCAGAAUAUAUAAGGCUCACACUUCAGUGUAUAUUUGUUUUCACCAUCUCUAAUGUUUGAGAUUCUUGGCGGAACGUUUUCAAGUCAUUUUAUGAUUGUACAUAUGACACUUAAAGUUGUUUGGCUAUUGAAUAUUGUAAUAUUCAGCUGAUUGAUAAACACGGUUUAAAAUAAUGUGCUCUUUUCUCACACUUAACUUUUGGAUAUCUAUUCACAAACACUCUUUGCUGCCAAUGGCCUCAUCCAGCAAAGCACAUUCUUAGAUACGUUUGUUGAAUUGGAACCCAAAUAGUUAAUUGUCUUACCAGACGUAUUUUAUUUGAGAUUUUCAGUGCUCUUGGAAGAUGUUGAAUUUGUCAGAACCGAAGGUCACGGUUCACAAAACUUGUCUCAGUGUUGACCUGAAGGAUCCUUCUAUAGGGGUGAUUGAGCUGUGUUCGAUCUCCAUGACUGUUUUAUUCCUUGAUGCUUCUGUGGAGACAGCCAACUUGGAAGCCAAUUGGGAUAGUAGUUUCUGUGAUGCAGGCAGUUUCCACUCUGAUCUGAAUUGAGAGCACAAACUCACACCAACUUACUGUAGGCCACACCUGUUACAGUAAUGACUUUCAGUCACUACCGACCUGGACCAGAUACCAUCUUCUGCGCAGAAGCAAGAAAUUCUAUCUCCCAUUUUCAGGCCCUUGGUCACAUUUCUCUAGUUUCGAAAACAUAUUUUAAAAAUAAAUCAAAACUGCCUUUCUGAAUUGAGUGAAUAAGAUUGCUGAGAUCCAUCGAUGUUAUAGUAGCUAUCCAUAGAAUUAAUUUAUUAAAGACAUUUUAAAAUGUUACGUUAACAUUUUAUAUAAUUAAUGUGGGAAAAAUCAGAAUGCUUUGAAAGGUGAAUCUGAUAUCUGUGAUUUCAAAGCUGAUUAAUGAUUAACCUGUUGAAUUGGAGAUAAUUCACCUCCCAAUGACUUCAUAAAUAUCUGCUUCAGUUACCUUUGGUAAAUGAAAUAACCAAACAAUCAUUCAUUUUCUGA